GACUGCAGCCCGGGGCGCCGAGCCGCACGCUGCUACGUGCGCCCGCCAGCCUCGCGAGCGUGCGAUCUAAACCUGGGCAAGGCAGCCCAACCUUCCCGCCCAGCUGGGGUCGGAGGAAACCAAAAGCAGCCUCAGAGAGGUGAAGCGCCUGGGGCUGCUGAGGACAGAUCAGAACUUUGCAGAGUCCGGGAUGUGCGUGGCGAGGUCGCUGAGGAUUUGACUCAACUUCUCCAUGCCCCUUCUCCUCCACUCAUCCACUGGGCUCCGGGCCUCCAGCUGUCAGCCCCCGAUUUCGUGACAGGGUGUGGCCACCUCGAUUUCUCUUUGCAACACAGCCAGCAGCCCAAGAGCGAGGUCCCAAGGCUGGAUAUCUUUUGCCUCGGCUGCUUAGUAGGGGCCUCAGCGUCUUGAGCGCAGGCGACUGAGCGUAGGCCCGGGCGAAGCGUGGUGCGCCAUGGCGGACCGGCAGCCUGGUCCCCCCGUGGAUUGGGAGAUCGACGUGGAGAGCCUGGAGCUGGAGGAGGACGGCCGCGAGGCGCCGCCGCCCACGCCGCCCGGGCCCAGCCCGCCGCCGGCCGACGGGGACGGCGAGGACGACGACGACGCGGAGGACGACGACGACGACGACGCGGAGGACGAGGGCGAGGGCGAGGAGGCGGGCGCGUCCCCGGGGGUGCCGGGCCGGCCGGAGCCGCGGGCGGCCCUGGCGCCGAGGCCGCGUCCCGCGCCGCAGGCCUCGCAGGUGCCGGCCGGGCCCCCGGAGCGCGGCGCGAACGCGGACGGCGGCGCGGAGCCCCGCAAGCUCAGUCGCACUCCCAAGUGCGCGCGCUGCCGCAACCACGGCGUGGUGUCCUGCCUCAAGGGCCACAAGCGCUUCUGUCGCUGGCGUGACUGCCAGUGCGCCAACUGCCUGCUGGUGGUGGAGCGGCAGCGCGUCAUGGCCGCCCAGGUGGCGCUCCGGAGGCAGCAGGCCACCGAGGACAAGAAGGGGCUUUCCGGGAAACAGAAUAAUUUCGAGCGCAAAGCCGUAUAUCAGAGGCAAGUCAGGACACCCAGUUUGCUGGCCAAAAGUAUUUUAGAAGGCUACCGCCCCAUUCCAUCAGAGACUUAUGUGGGAGGGAGUUUACCUCUACCUCCCCCAGUAAGUGACCGGAUGAGGAAAAGGCGGGCCUUUGCUGAUAAAGAGUUGGAGAACAUUAUGCUGGAGAGAGAAUAUAAAGAGAGGGAGAUGUUGGAAGCCUCCCAAGCUGCUGCCUUAUUCCUGCCCAACCACAUGGUGCAUGGUUCUGAGUACAACUCCUACAAAAGUGCCUACAGUCCCACCACCCCAGUGGAACCACCAAGCAAAGACUUCUGCAAUUUUUUGCCCACCUGCCUUGAUCUCACCAUGCAGUAUUCAGGGUCUGGGAAUAUGGAACUAAUUUCGUCCAAUGUCAGCGUGGCCACAACUUAUAGGCAGUAUCCCCUGUCCUCAAGAUUUUUAGUUUGGCCCAAGUGUGGCCCCAUUAGUGACACCCUCCUCUACCAGCAAUGCCUGCUGAAUGCUACCACAUCAGUUCAGGCCCUGAAGCCUGGGACCAGCUGGGACUUGAAGGGAGUACGACUCCAGGAUGGACUCGGUACAGAUCACGAUAUGAUACCACCGAAACUGGAAGGCUCUCUGGUGCUGCCUCACACUCUUGAGGGCCAGACCUCAAGAAGUGACCUUCAGGGUCACCAGGCUGUCCCCGAGAGGUCUGCAUUCUCCCCACUCCGACGGAAUUUCUCGCCUAUUGUUGACAUGGACUCCCUGGCAGCUCAAGGGCACGUCUUAACCAAGAUCAGCAAAGAAAGCACCAGGCACCCUCUGCCACUUAAACAUAAUCCAUUCCACUCAUUAUUCCAGCAAACUCUUAAUGACAAAUCAGGUCCUGAGCUGAAAACAUCAUCUGUCAAAGAGGCCUUUGAAGAGGCACCUAAGAAGCCCAGGGAGUGUUUAGUCAAGGAGAACCAGAAGUACACAUUUACAAUAGAUAGAUGCGCAAAAGACCUUUUUGUAGCCAAACAAGUUGGAACAAAACUCUCAGUGAAUGAACCGCUGUCAUUUUCUGUUGAGUCUAUUCUUAAGAGGCCUUCGUCUGCCAUCACUCAUGUCUCUCAGUGAAAGGCUGUUUAAAUGGAAAGCUGGAUUUUCUGCAGUCUCAGAGGAUUCUUGCCAGUCACUAAUUUUUUUUAAAGAAGAAAGUUGAGAUGCUUGUAUAAAGAAAUUUCUAAUGUAAAUGAUGAUUUAAAAGAAUCCUAUAUAUUCUUAUGCAUGUAUUUCCCCUUACCACAUAAAUAUAUUUAAACUUAAAGAUGGAAAUUGCUUAUGUGCAAAUUGUAAAGUUUCAGGAUUUACGUAGCUUUUCAAAAAGCAAUAAAAUUGACAGCUGUCUUC